AUGGACGAAGAAUACGACGUGAUAGUGCUCGGUACAGGUCUUAAAGAAUGCAUCCUCAGCGGCCUCUUAUCAGUCGAUGGCCUCAAGGUUCUUCACAUGGACUGCAAUGACUAUUAUGGUGGGGAGUCAACCUCACUUUAUCUGGUUCAGCUCUGGAAGAGAUUUAGAGGAAGUGAUGAGCCACCAACCCACUUAGGUCCGAGCAGGGAAUAUAACGUCGACAUGGUCCCUAAGUAUAUUAUGGCAAAUGGUGCGCUUGUUCGGGUCCUCAUUCAUACUAAUGUCACAAAGUAUUUGUAUUUCAAAGCUGUUGAUGGUAGCUUCGUUUACAACAAAGGAAAGAUCCACAAGGUGCCUGCAACUGACAUGGAGGCCCUCAAAUCUCCACUUAUGGGCAUCUUUGAAAAGCGUCGUGCGCGAAAAUUUUUCAUUUACGUUCAGAAUUACAAUGAGAGUGAUCCUAAAACACAUGAAGGGAUGGACUUGACGCGAGUUACAACUCGAGAGCUCAUUUCAAAAUACGGUCUUGAUGACAACACUAUGGACUUCAUUGGUCAUGCACUGGCUCUACACCGAGAUGAUUCUUACUUAAAUGAACCUGCUUUAGACACUGUGAAGAGAAUGAAGCUUUAUGCAGAGUCUUUAGCACGUUUUGCUGGAGGUUCACCAUACAUCUACCCGUUGUAUGGCCUUGGAGAGCUUCCUCAAGCAUUUGCUCGUCUUAGCGCCGUCUAUGGUGGGACCUACAUGCUGAAUAAACCUCACUGCAAGGUAGAGUUUGACGAGGAAGGCAAAGUCUGUGGAGUUACAUCAGAAGGGGAAACAGCAAAGUGCAAAAAACUAGUAUGUGAUCCUUCUUACCUUCCCGAUAAGGUGAGGAAAGUUGGUAAAGUCGCUAGAGCUAUUGCCAUCAUGAGCCACCCGAUCCCAAACACGAACGAUUCUCAUUCAGCACAAGUUAUAUUACCACAGAAGCAGUUAGGCCGCAAAUCAGACAUGUAUUUGUUUUGUUGCUCUUAUUCACACAAUGUGGCCCCAAAAGGAAAAUACAUUGCGUUUGUUUCAUCUGAGGCGGAGACUGAACACCCUGAGACUGAACUGAAGCCUGGUAUCGAUCUUCUUGGACCGGUUGAUGAGAUUUUCUUCGAGACUUUAGAUAGAUAUGAGCCGGUCAACAAGCCAUCAUCUGAUAAUUGCUUUAUAUCAACUAAUUAUGAUGCCACAACUCACUUUGAGUCGACUGUUGUGGAUGUGCUGAACAUGUAUACUUUGAUCACGGGAAAGGUUCUUGAUCUCAAUGUGGACUUAAGUGCUGCAAGUGCUGCUGAAGAAUGA